UCCUGGUACAACGUGCGCUCCCGAAGAUCCGAGGCCAUGUCACUGCUGCUGCUACAGAAUGCCGCUCUGCAGUUCGUUAGCGGCAACACUAUGCAGCGCAUGGAGGCAGCAAUCGAGUUCCUGCCUGGUGGAGCCUCCGUGAGCCCCGUCAACGUGUUCACGUGGCUCUCGGAUGUCGAGCUGAAGCUGAGCGGUGCCACGUUCGUUCCCAUCUCGCUGGGUCUUUUCAGCGCCGCCGCCGCGCUGUUUCCGGCCGUGGACCAGGCCGGUGGCGGUCGUCUGUUGCAGCGGCUUUCUGGGUUGCCGGGCGCUCUCUACUGGCUGUCCAACAUGUUCUGGGACUACAUGGUGCUGUACAUGCUGUACAUGCUCCUACUGUCCCCCAUGGUGGUCAUAUGGGGAUUCGGCGACAGCGUCGAGUUCUGGGUUUCCGUGGUACUGCUGUUUGCGGCAUACGGGUGGGCAGCCAUACCGCUUGCCUACGUCCUGUCACAGUUGGCGGGUCCCAGACCUUCUAGAGCCUUCUCCCUGGCAGUCGUCGUGAAGUGCGUCUUCGGUGUCCUGGCUGUGUUGUACGUGAUCCGGCUGCACCUGUCGUUCUACGUGGGGGAAGAGGAAUCGCUGAGUCGGGAGCUUCUCGAGCUCAUUAGCACCAUCACUCGCAUGGUGCCCACUGUGUCCAUAUCGUGGGGACUAGGCCGAGCCAUGUGGCUGACGUCACUCAACGAACUCUGCCACAUGGACAACGACGCGGACUUUAUGCAGGCCUGUCGGAUCCUGAACGCCACCGAGUCACCGAUGCAUCUAGUGCGGCGUUACUGGUUCCUGGUGCGCUGCUGCAACGUUCGGCUAGCAUGCAUGCACAACGUCCAGAAAUGCGUGCUGCCUCACGCCCACCUGCUCACGUGGAACCCGCACUCGGUGUGGCCCGAGGUGGCCAGCCUCUUGCUCGCGGGACUGCUCUGCCUGGCCGUGCUGUGCUUUGCCGAGACCAACGUGUGGUGGCUACUUCGCCGCGUGUGCGGGUACCAGCCGCACCUGUACGUGACGCGAGCGCCGCAGUGCCUGCUCAACGAAGGCGAAAAGCAGCGCCUAGUUCGCCACUUCAGGGACAAGACUCUGCCCUGCAUUGACACGUUGGUGGUGAGCCACGUCCGCCAGGAGACCGGCCCGUACGCGCCGCUUCAUGACGUCAGUCUGUGCAUGCACCGGCGUGAGUGCCUCGCCCUGUUAGGACCCACGGGCUCAGGUCGGUCCCUGCUGCUGAGUAUCCUCACCGCACAAGUUCCGGUGUCGGAUGGCAACGCUCACCUUCUCGGCGCCGACCUCUUCGCUCAUUCGAGCGAGUUUGUCCGGGCGCUGGGCUACGCCUCCGAAGAUCGCGUCGCCGUGGGUUGGCUGACGGGCCGCCAGCUGCUGCGUCACAUGGCCCGCAUGCGUCGCGUGCCCCCAAAGACUGCCGCGGUGGUGGUCGAACAGCUGCUCCGUAUGCUGGAUCUUGUCGAGCAGUCCGAGCGCCACGUGUCCGUGUACAGCAGCGGCGAGCGUGCCAAGCUGGCUGUCGCGUUGGCCUUAGUGGGUGCACCACCGGUCGUGCUACUAGACAAGCCUACUGACGGACUCGACCCCGUGGCCAGGCGCCGCGUCUGGCACACUAUCAUCACCUUCGUCAAGAAGACGCACAUGUCUGUGUUACUGGCCACCGACGACAUUGAGGAGGCCGAGUCCGUGGGUUCUCGAGUAUUGUUCCUGCACCGGGGACGUGCGCGGCCUAUGCUUCGCGAGCGAGACCUGUACCCAGAUGCGGAGCGAGGAUACGAAAUCACCAUGUCCCUUAAUGGCUUGAGUGGCCUGACUGUUGCCGCUGCGCAGCAAGAGGUCAACGACACCGUGCAGAGCCUGUUCCCGGGCCGCAACCUCGCUGUCACCAAACUGAAGUCGUACGUGCGAUUCCGCGUCAUGGACGACUCGGUCGACUGGGAGCUGCUGGUCGACGCCCUCGAAAGCCUGCGGCGCUCGCUCGGCCUGUCCGACUGCCGGGUGCUGGCCACCACUGUGCUGCAGUGCGCCUUCUACCGCCGCCUGGUGGAUGCACCGUCGACUCCUUUGCCCUCCCUUGUCAUGUCGCCCACCUCGCCCGUGCCCGGCCUGGCCGCUGCUGGAGGUGCCGGGGAGCUGUACACUGGCCCGCGGCCACGCUCGGCAUACCCCAGUCGCUACGCGUACCCGACAGACAAGAAAUAAAAC